AUGAACAACCAGACGGACCGUCAAAAGCGAAUUGCCGAACGCAGGAAGAACAUUCGUGCAAAGUUAGCAGAGCUAACACAAGACAUGGAUCUAACCGGGGAGAACGCAGGGGUGGUGAUUUCGUCAUCGGUUGACCAAAUAGCAGUAUCAAACGCAGAGAAAGUUGUGUAUGACACACUAGCGGGGUUUAGGGACAAGACUAGCGGUUUCAUGGCCCACGUCGAUGGCCUACGGACACGAGCUGACAAAGAAGCCUUAGUAAUCUUUAACACAGACAAAGAGAGCGCCCUUAUCAGGCGGCAGACGCUUGCCAAUGAAAAGACGGCUUGCAAUAAGAUUGAUGCCUCUUUCAGUAUGCGGUGGUCGACACUCAUGGAAAAGGAUACCCCAGAGGAGCUUGCAGCUGGAAUUCUAGAGCUUCGUCGAUACACGUUGGAAAUGUUGGAGUCCAAAGAUAGAGUGGUGAGCGCAUUCGAGGAGUAUCUAGCCACAGUGGAUGAGGAUUAUAUCCGUCUAAUUCGAGAACAAUCGAAAGAGAUUGAUGAAGUCAUUACGUAUAUGCGAAAGGUACUGGGAGAACUAAAGAAUUACUCCCUCGCCAAAAUAAAGGAGUGCGAAGACGCAUUCAACGAAGAUCGUGCUGCUUUUAUUAAAGAACGCGAGGCAGGACUCGACAAGCUGCGCGACGAGAUAACUGCAAUAGAAAAUGCGUCUCUUGAUGCGCGCACUAAAUUGGCAGAGGAAUAUAACGACAACGUGGCCUUACAGGUUCUGCAGGACUACGAGGAAUAUACCUCUCUAAAACGGCGCUUAGAGGCAGAGGGCGUUGCUCUUCGGCAGCAGCUAGAAGAGAUGCGCUCUGUCUAUCAAUUGAACACAGACAAGCUGGAAUAUAACUACCGCUUGCUUGCUGCAAGGGACGUAGAGAGCCAGAAUCUCAUGGUCCAGCAAAAGAAAAAGAUCUCAAAGCUUCAAAAUCAGCUUACCGCCCUCAUUGCGCGGCACACAACCAUAGAUAGUCAACUCAGGGAGGAGAAUCUAGAGCUAUCAACAUCUUACAAGCGAAUGUCCAACUUAUAUUGCGACCUCCAGGCCAAGUUCAAGUUGUUUGAACGAGUAGACACCCAAAAGUUUCGUGAACUCUGGGCAUACCAUGAGCGUCGCAUAGCCGAGUCCCUCAGGGACCUUCUGUUAGCAGAGCAGAUCAUCAACGAGUCUGUGCUCUGUGUUGAGGCCAAGAAAGGGAUUAAUGAAAGCUCAAUAGAGUAUUCUGUGAUGGUGAUGCUUAAGAAGUUACAGCAUGCAGCUGGAGUCGCUGAGUAUGACGACACCAUGACCGUUACCAAGGAAAAUUCAAUCCUGGAUAUUACCCGCUCAAUUGAUCCCAUUGCAUCGUGCGCCUUGGGGCCUGUUGCAGCCUCGCGACUUCUGACAGAGCUAGCGGCUGAAGCAAGCUUCCUUGCAAGUGAUGACCUCUUAAAGAUUAUGGCACCAGGCGAGGAACUGACACCCAAGAUGCGUACCGAUGCACUCCUCUCCACCUUGGGAAUACGAAAUGCAAGUGAGCUUGACUUGUUGUUCACACACGUUACUGUUAACGGAAAGGGAUUUGAACUAUUGCCACGAGACAAGAUCGUGAACUCUCUGCGUGCAUUUGCAGCUGAGGUGGUUGUUAAACGAGAGGCUGGGCGGCAAGGUGAGACCACUACAGCAGGAAGCUCAAAGAAGGGCGGCAUCUGGAGCAACGCGUCCCUCAAGACCUUCUGGAGAGAGCUCGCCAACCUUAUAUCUCCGGAGAAACAGGUCCUUUGGAAAGCUUUGGACGACUCCCUGAUUCAGUACAAAGAGAUCCUGCAGGCCCGGACAGACCUAGUGACGCAUAAUGAUCAGCUAGCAGCUCAGAAUGAAGAGUUGCGGAACCUCCUUCAACAAUACAUCUCUCAGGAGCGGCAAGCACUGAGUGUGGGCGGAACGAUGGUUGUUCCUGAGACAAACAACACACAAUUUGUCGGUAACGCUCAGCCAGCGCAUGCUUGA